AUGAACUCCCCUGUACCCCCAAAACCAGAUCCACGCCCCGAUGAGUGGUAUACGUUCUUGUCAUCAAGAUCCUACCUCGAAAUGGCCGGGGAAGCCCGCCAGGAGCGCGAAGACGACGUGUUGCAGAGGAUGUCCACAUCACCACCAGAGGAGCCGAGUCUGAAGAAUGAAGCACAGCCGGGGCGCGCACUUCGGCCACGCCGAAAGCUCUCAUCUCAAAAAGAAGCAGGGAUCGAGCAAAUGCCAGAGAGAAAGGGUCCGGAUCGCCCCGCCCGGAAACGAGGACGCCCGAGACUGGAGAUGGAGAAAGAUGCGGCAGCCAUUCAGGAACGGCGGCUGCAGGUCCGGCGUGCGCAGCGCACCUACCGGCUCAAGAAAGAGGCCACUAUCCAGGCCCUCAAGACCCGUGUGGCCAUGCUGGAGCAGACACUGCAGAAUGUGUCCAACAUCCUGGGCCCUGUUCAGUCGGAUAGUCUGACUGCUCGGCCGGACACUGGCUACCUGGCCGAAACGCGGCAGCUGAUUCUCGCAGAAAUUGACAAGACCCGGGCGACAGUAGAGGAUGGCAGUCCCCAAACCGUGCACAGCCCGGACAGCCUCAGCGAUAUAUUCGGAUAUCAAGUAUCGCACACGUUGAAGGGCGAUGAAGGCCAUAAAGAUCAUGGACCACUACCAUCGCCCUCGAGAUCUCAUACACCUCUCCUCAACCGCCUUCUCCCCACAGCAACAAUCUACACCUAUAGCCAUCAAGAAUCCAACCUCUCACGACGUUUGCAGCGUUUCUGCCUCGAACACACCUACCGCUGGAUAACCGACCCACGCUCAGAACCGAUGGCGAUGAGCCGUGUCUUUGGCCUUCUAACGUGCAUCCACGAUAUUCCCGGAUUAAAGCGGUCGUAUCAGCGCGUGAUCAAGUCAGAAAUCGGAAGCUCGCUGGAGUUUUCCAAAAUACCAUACUACACCCUCGGAGGUGCGGGGACGCAUUUUCCGCGCCGCGGGCAGGACGGUUGUCUCCUCUACCCCGAGAAUGUCCGCAGACCAGGCCGCGUGCUGCGCAGACUGUCGAACAUAUUGCGUCAUGGUGGGAUCAGGGUUUUGCAAGAGGAUUGGACUACGGAUCUGGAGCGCGAUUAUUGGGACCGGCAAGAUGGGAAAGAAGAGUGGACGAAUCGGCUCCGCACACUGGAUCUGGAUGGGGAGUGGUUUGAUUGUCAUGAUGUCCAGGGUUAUCUCGAACACCGGGGUGUUGCUCUGAACGACUCUUCUUUGAAGCUCGAUCUUUCUUUGGCGACAGUUGAAGAUUUGUUUGGUUCUUCGUCGGGUAAAAGUGCGUUCCGGUUUUAUGCCUCUCCGCCGGUGUACGAGGCGGAGGCAUGGGGCUCUACUCCGUCGGCGUAUGUUCUGGAUGUGGAAUGCUUUUUUGAGCUACUUUUGAACAAUCUCAGAAUGCUCGGACGAGCUCCGGGAUUUCGGGCAUCGGACGUGGAUGCCGCCCUCCGAGCUGCAAUCCAGAAACGCCCUUCAUGA